ACAUCCCGCAGUUGUUUAUUAUCAAUGUCCCACCUGUCCAGGUGAAGUGGUGGAGGAGUGUUGCGAUAUCAUCAGCGAUGAUUUAAUACAUGAUGCCCAUGCUGUUAAUGCCUUUCUCCAUAGAAUAUUCCAACAUCUGAAAACUAAGAGAGGAUUACAGGUCAAUAAAGCAUUCAUUAUGAGCGACGGUUGCGCGGCACAAUACAAGUCAAAAAUUCCAUUUUGUUACGCAGCGAACGCCAUCACUGAGUUUGGGUUUAUAGUGCAGCGCGACUUCUAUGGGUCCAGACAUGGGAAAAAUAGGUGUGAUGGGGAGGGGGGCGUUUUAAAAUCGAGGGUGACAAGGGCGGUCAAAAACGGCGAGGCUGAGAUUGUCUCAGCAUCAGACUUUUACACCUUUUGUAGGGACAACCUCGAAAAGGACUCCGAAGAUGAUAAUGGAAAGUGUCUACACAAGAGAAGGCAUCUUCUCUAUGUUGCAUUGGAAAACAUUCAAAGACCACGCCCUGAAAGAAACAUUCGCACCAUUCCAGGCACUCAAAAAAUCCAUUCACUGGUUGGCGUUGAAAGGGAAAUGGUUAAGACAAGGCGUCUGUCCUGUUUUUGCCAGAAUUGCCUAUAUGGUACACCCGAGAAUUGCCAGCAGAAGGAGUACAUAGAUCAAUGGAAGCCAAUUCGCCUGAAAUAUCUCCAACAACCACAACCAGCUGUUGAUGUCCAGCCCAUGGUACAACCUGUUGAUGUCCAGCCCAUGGUACAACCUGUUGAUGUCCAGCCCAUGGUACAACCUGUUGAUGUCCUGCCCAUGGUACAACCUGUUGAUGUCCUGCCCAUGGUACAACCUGUUGAUGUCCAGCCCAUGGUACAGCCUGUUGAUGUCCAGCCCAUGGUACAACCUGUUGAUGUCCUGCCCAUGGUACAACCUGUUGAUGUCCUGCCCAUGGUACAACCUGUUGAUGUCCAGCCCAUGGUACAGCCUGUUGAUGUCCAGCCCAUGGUACAACCUGUUGAUGUCCAGCCCAUGGUACAGCCUGUUGAUGUCCAGCCCAUGGUACAACCUGUUGAUGUCCAGUCCAUGGUACAGCCUGUUGAUGUCCAGCCCAUGGUACAACCUGUUGAUGUCCAGCCCAUGGUACAGCCUGUUGAUGUCCAACCCAUGGUACAACCUGUUGACUUCCAUCAUGAAUUACAGCCACACGAUACCAUGGUUCUUGCCCAGUCUGUAGAAGAUAUUCAAGCCCAAUCAGUCCAUGACCAGACACAAGAUAGUAGGUCUGAAAGAAUAGAUUGCAGCCUAGAUGAAGACGAUAUGGACAUAUCAGGCCUUACUGGAAUUUUGGAUGCUUUAGAAGAGGAACCUGAAGAUAUGGCAUUAUCACCAAUCCUGACAUUUAUGGAGGAUGCUGUUGUUGCAGAAAAUGAUUGUUCUGAAGAAGAGAAAGCGCCACGGUUGAUAACUGGCCAUUUGUCCAUUAUUUUAAGAAGUGUACAAAGGGUUGGGCUAUGCAAGACAUCCACCAUACCAUUAUUUUUGAAGACAUUGAUGGUACACUAAAAGCACCAGCAAUGGAAUCCCAGGGAAGGAGGAUAAUUUACAAAUUUGAAGGUCAGCUUGAUGUAAAUAUUGUAAUACCAUAUAAUUUUUGUUUGUGUGGUUUCCUUGAAAGAACAUUAUAUAUAUCAAUCAUGAAUUGAUGUUUCUUUUGCUGUACAUAGUGAUCUGUAAUUUCUUUUUUUCUUUGUUUUUAGAAUUAGAU